AUGGUCGCAGCCAAGAAAAAAGACCUGGAAAGCUUCACGAAGGUGGUAUCGAACGGCGGAGAUAUUAAUGCAACCACGAAUUCCCGGCUCACGGUUCUGCACUUCGCCGCUGUGAACGAGAUUUACGGACUUGACAUCAUCGCCUCGUUAGCGGAACCAAAAUUAACAGCGAAAGAUGUUGACGGCGAGGAGCCGAUCCACUACGCCGUCAGAGCGAAGAACUUCAAGAUCGCUCAAUAUCUUCUCGACAGGAUAGACCCAAGUUCGAAAAAUUUGCUGCAUUUCUUCGUGUUGCGAAACGAACUGAAUUUCGCCAAAUUAAUUCACUCGGAAUUUGGAAAUAAAUGUUUCGAUGUUUGCAGAAGGAAAGGCAUUCUGCACAUCGCGGCGGAACACUCUGGAUGGAAAAUGUGCAAAUGGCUCGUCGAAAAAGGGAAUGACAUCAACGCCAAGUCGAAAGGGAGAAAAAUUACGGUGCUUCACUACGCCGUGAAGAACAAAAAUGCCAUAAACAGCAUGGCCAAUGUCGAUUUUUUCGUCUCACUGAAUCGGCGCUUGCUCAAUGAAAAAGACGUUUUCGGCGAGACUCCGCUCCACUGGGCACUAAAAGUCGAGGACAUUCCUCUUGCGGAGAAACUUCUGGACAUGGACACCUACAUUUUCGUCAAAAACCGAGAAAAAAUGAAUCUGUUGCUUUUUUGCGUGAGUAAAAACAAACUAAAAAGCGCUAAACUCGUGCACAGCAAAAACAAGACCAUGAUCAGAGGAGUGUGCACGCAUAAUUGGACCGCCCUCCACAUCGCAGCUCUGAAAAAAAACUACCAGAUGUGCAAGUGGCUCAUCAAGAAUGGUGUCGACACCUCAGCUGUGGAAAGCAAGGACAAUCGUUUCUUCCUUGAGUUCCGUGUUCUAAAAGAGAGCAGGGGCAAUCCACUCAUGGUCGCAGCCAAGAAAAAAGACCUGGCAAGCUUCACGAAUGUGGUCUCGAACGGCGGAGAUGUUUAUGCAACCACAAAUUCCGGGCUCACGGUUCUGCACUUCGCCGCUGUGAACGAAAUUUACGGCCUUAACAUCAUCGCCUCGUUAGCGGAACCAAAAUUAACAGCGAAGGAUGUUGACGGCGAGGAGCCGAUCCACUAUGCCGUCAGAGCGAAGAACUUCAAGAUCGCUCAAUAUCUUCUCGACAGGAUAGACCCAAGUUCGAAAAAUUUGCUACAUUUCUUCGUGUUGCGAAACGAACUGAAUUUCGCCAAAUUAAUUCACUCGGAGUUUGGAAAUAAAUGUUUCGAUGUUUGCAGAAGGAAAGGAAUUCUGCACAUCGCGGCGGAACACUCUGGAUGGAAAAUGUGCAAAUGGCUCGUCGAAAAAGGGAAUGACAUCAACGCCAAGUCGAUAGGAAGGAAAAUUACGGUGCUUCACUACGCCGUGAAGAACAAAAAUGCCAUAAACAGCAUGGCCAAUGUCGAUUUCUUCGUCUCACUGAAUCGGCGCUUGCUCAAUGAAAAAGACGUUUUCGGCGAGACUCCGCUCCACUGGGCGCUAAAAUUCGAAGACAUUCCUCUUGCAAAGAAACUUCUGGACAUGGGCACCAACAUUUUCGUCAGAAACAGAGAAAAAAUGAAUCUGUUGUUCUUUUGCGUGAGUAAAAACAAACUAAAAAGCGCUAAACUCGUGCACAGCAAAAACAAGACCAUGAUCAGAGGAGUGUGGACGGAUGGCUGGACCGCCCUCCACAUCGCAGCUCUAAAAAAUAACUACCAGAUAUGCAAGUGGCUCAUCAAGAAUGGUGUCGACACCUCAGCUGUGGAAAGCAGGAACAAUCGGUCGGCACUGAAAAUGUUUAAAAUGCACAUGCAUAAUUUCUCGAAGGAGGAUAUUGACGGAGAGGAGCCCAUCCACUACGCAGUCAGAGUGAAAAACUACGAUUUCGCUAAUUCGGUGCUCAACAUGAGAGACCCUAUAGCAUUUAAUUUGCUGCACUUUUUUAUCAUGGAAAAUGAUCUGAAAUUCGCCAAAGUAGUGAACGACGAGGAUGGUGGUAUUUUUAUCGAGAAUAUAAAAGGUAAAACGCUUCUGCACUACGCAGCGCAGUUCGCUGGAAGAGAAAUGUGUGAGUGGCUCGUCGAAAAGGGCCUGGACGUCGCGGCCAAGACUAGAAGAAAAUAUUCAGUCCUUAACUUCGCCUUACUUAACGACAAAAUGUCUUGGGCUAUGGAAAAUGCGGAUUUCUUCAUCACUAAAAAUCCGAGCUUGCUUAAUUAUCGAAAUGUAUUUGAUCAAACGCCACUCCACCGUGCACUUUACCGCCAAGACAUUCCUCUUGCUACCUUUUUGCUGGAAAAGGGCGCCUCCAUUUCGAUCAAAUGGACAAGAAACAAGAAUCUGCUGCAUUUCUGCGUCCAAAAGAGGAAAUUCGAAAGUGCUAAAUUCGUGCACGGCAUGAACAAUCAGUUGAUCAAAGAAGUGUGCGACGGCGGAAUAACUGCCCUGCACAUCGCGUCAAUAACCAGUCCAAAAAAGGAAAGAUCAACCCCUCAAGCACUACUCAGCUUGAACAACCCUUCUCAUCCCGCAUCCCUCGUGAGGGUGUCGUCGUACGAAUUUUAG